AAGAGAUUAACCAAGAGAGUCCUCUAGAGCCACCGCCAUCAUUCACCCCAGGACAGAAAGAGAGAGAUCAUCACUUGUUUCCUCGGAGGGAAAGAGAGGAAAAAAGGGAGAAUGACUGCUCCAUGGAGGACAGGUGUUGUGGUGAUGCUGAAGCUUGUGUCUUCUGCAGAGGCUUCAAUGACUGAACCAGCCAUCUGCUACAUACUGGAUGGAAUCUUGCUCUUCUACUGCAUCAUCACCACCUUGCUCUUCUUCAGAGCCAAGUGGUGCAAGUCUUCACCUGAACCCAAAGAGGAUCCCACACAUGCAAAACUCCAGCCAGGUGCUAAUGCUGACGACCAACAGUCUGCAGCUACUAGACGGAAGCGCAAACAGGAAGCUAGUGACGACACAUACCAGGCCCUCCAGAUAAAAGAUGAUGGGAAUGAUGACUACCAGGUGAUCAUGUCCACGGGGAAGAACAAGAAGGCCCAAGUCCCCCAGUCUCUCAGUGCAAAGACCCGGACCACUGCCCCACCACACUGAUCUGACCCAGUCAGCCCUGGGCACGGAGGCAGCAGUCGAUUCCACUUGCAGCUCUGCCCUGCACUGAUCCAAUCUCUGAAGAGUACCUUCUAGAUUAUUUUCCGACUUCAAUGUGCAUAGCAGUCUUCUACCUCUGAGCUCAACCUCCCUGGCCUGUUAUUACAUAUUACAACUCAGCAGAAAAGUGUGCAUGUCAAUGUGUAUUAUCAUGUCAUUUGUUAAGUCCAUCUAUGGCUGUGUGGUAAUGUCAACAUUAUGACCGUAAUAAAAGACUGGAACGUUCCAAUGU